AUGCUGUUCCAUGGUUAACUGAAACCCGUUUCGUUUUGACACUUUUUCGGAUUUCGUAGUGACGUCUAAGUAACUUAUAUACAGUCAAGAUGGCAGGUGGAAACAAAGCAGCACGCGUUGUGUUUUUGAUAUGUGAUUUCAUUUUCCUGUUAAUGGGAAUAGGCAUAUUCAUAGCUGGAAUAUACCUGAAGGUCUCUCGGGCUGACUUCACAGAGGUGCUAGACAGCAGGGAGUUUAACUUUGCCACAGCACUGAUGGUGUCCGCUGGAAUUAUUGUGGUUGUUGUUGCCAUUAUUGGUUUGAUUGGGGAGCGCCUCCAGAAUCAAUGUGUACUUGGAGUCUACCUGAUUUGUGUUAUACUGAUCUUCUGUAUGGAACUUGCAGCUGGGAUUACUGGAGCCAUCUACAGAAAUAAGAUAGAAGAUGCCCUGAGAAGUGACAUGUUGUCAGGACUACAGAACUCAGACAAACGUAAUGCUUGGGAUGAAGUCCAGGAAAGGUAUGAAUGCUGUGGCGUACAUAAUGCAACAGACUGGAACAACGUGUUCGACCCCAGAAACCCGACCUGGAUUCCAGACUCGUGCUGUGGCUAUGAAAACUGUGGAACAACAGGAAGUCAAGUAGCUUGGACUAUUGGUUGUUUUGACGAUGCAAAAGAAUGGCUGGAAAUGAACUACUUGACUAUUGUUCUUGUAGCUAUUAUUGAAGCUGUUCUUCAGGUAUUACUUAUCAUAAUGCCCAUUGUGCUGAUAUACUUUAUAAGACGAGAGAAAAAAUACCGAUACAUGUGAUGAACUGACUUGUCACCAUGGUUACACAAUGUUGAGAAUUGAUUAGCUGUGUGUGGUCACAAGUGUAUGGCUGAUGUAGGCUGUAUGUGGUCAUGAUUAUGAAACUGAUGUUGAGUUAAAUUUAAAUUUGGAGAACAUUUAAAUGAAGUGUUUAUGCAAAUUGUUUUAGGAAACUAAACAAAACGUAAACACGUUUCUUGCCGUUCAUUUCUGAACUGUUCCAAUGGAUAUACCAUCAUCUAAAGCGAUGAUAACGGCCCAAAAGACAUUGGUUGACUACGAACAAUCAGGAAGGGUUCUUUAUCUAGGAUGAAAUAUUGUUUACAUAUAUUUACUGUCACAAAAAUCCAGCACAUACAUGUAACUGCAUUCCAGUAGUUUGGAAACUGGAUUAAAUCCAAGUGUCUCGCGUUCCUGCAGCAGCAAUUACUGUUUAUAUCCUAAUUAGCCACCAAUGUAUCCUUACAAAUUAUCUUUUGUUCUAUCAGACGUGUAGAUGCUUUAUUAUGAUUGGAAGGCUAUAUGUAAUCUUAAUUCAAAACAAUAUGUUUUUUUAAACUUGAGAAGGCAAACCUACUGUUGUAUUAUUAAAAUGUCUCACAAUUUGCAAUAA